UGGUGACCCCGGCAGGCCGUUCGUGCCUGUUCGAGCCUCGGUUUUAUUGCGAUUACUGUGACACGUACCUCACCCAUGACUCGCCCUCCGUGAGAAAAACCCACUGCAGUGGCCGAAAACACAAAGAGAAUGUGAAAGACUACUAUCAAAAAUGGAUGGAAGAACAAGCUCAGAGCCUGAUUGACAAAACAAUAGCGGCUGCAUUUCAGCAAGGGAAAAUCCCACCUACACCGUUCUCGGCACCACCUCCUGCAGGAGCCAUGAUACCACCUCCUCCCAGCAUCCCUGGCCCCCCGCGGCCCGGCAUGAUGCCGGCCCCUCAUAUGGGUGGACCACCAAUGAUGCCGAUGAUGGGCCCCCCGCCACCAGGAAUGAUGCCAGUUGGACCCGCUCCAGGGAUGAGGCCACCGAUGGGAGGGCACAUGCCGAUGAUGCCAGGGCCCCCGAUGAUGAGACCACCCUCCAGACCCAUGAUGGUGCCAACCAGGCCAGGAAUGACCCGUCCAGACAGAUAAAGGUGGAAAUGAAGCUACCUUGUCUUCCUCGUAUUACAGUUUUCCAUAUGAUAAAAUACCAUAGACCGAUGUCCCUAGGAUUUUGUAUUAAAACAGUGUGUAGAGGAAAUCCGCUGUUAAUUCAGAUUGCGGGCGGUUUGACCUAGUGCACACUGGACUGAUGCUUUUUUACCUGGAGUGGGUUUUUCAAUGGUUUUGUUUGUUUGUUUGUUUUUUCCCCCAUUGAAUCGUAGAACACAACAAUAAAACAUUGAUGCUGGUUUACA